AAUUGAGAGGGCAGAGGCCGAAACUAGUAUACUCCCAAAGUAUACACCACAAAUAAUAACACUUGCAAAUUGCAAUUAUGACUUCCUGCAAUGAACAGAACAACGCUGGAUUUGAUAUAAACAGUCCAAAAAUCAAAGAGAUAGCUGCUUGGGCUGUGAAUGAGUACAACAAGAGCGGACAUUGCCUGAAGUUUGAAAAGGUUUUGAAGGCUUAUGGACUCAUAACUCUUGGAGUGACCUACUAUAUUGAUCUCGAGGCAUCUAAUGGAUCCUUGUUGGACAAGUAUUCUGCAAUAGUUUAUGAAGAAGAAUCAAGAGAUAUCCUUCAACUCCAAGGGUUCAAGCCUCUGUCGCAAGCCAAUAAGCCUCUACUGGAAAUCGAUGCAAGUGUCGGCAUUCUCAAGUCUGUGUUGGGAGUCGAUGCAAGUGUCGCCAUUCCCAACUAAUCUUUGCGCGCACGCAAUCUCUGGUUAAUGCGCAAGCGCGCUAAUUAAGCAUUUGGUGUGCUUAGUUACAACAUACAAGGAUAACGCAACUAUCUGGAACUACGGCUUCUACUUUUACAUACUAUUACAUGACUUAAAUAGCUUAGUCUUUGUACUGCUAUUACUACACCCACAUACGUACGAACUUAAAUAAAAUAAAAUACUAGUAUCUUUUGCACA